AUGGAGAGCACUGAUCGCCCCGGACGCGCCGCCGUGCCCUCCGGAGCCUCAAAUCGGCCCCCGAUCCGUCCUCCGUCCCCUCCCUCCCCGCUCCUCUCGAUCCUCCUCGACUGCGCCCGCACGCCGACCCGAACCCCGACCGGCGCGCACAUCGCUGCCGCGAUCCCGGCUCCGCCUCCGAGCUCGGCGACCCCGACGGAGCGCGUCGCCUUCUACUUCGCCGAGGCCCUCUCCCGCCGCCUCUCCCGCUCCCCCUCCCCCUCCCCCUCCUCCGCCUCCCCGCUCCUCUCCCCCGAGGACUUCACCCUCUGCUACAAAACCCUAAACGACGCGUGCCCCUACUCCAAAUUCGCCCACCUCACCGCGAACCAGGCGAUCCUCGAGGCCACGGCGUCGUCCCCGCGCAUCCACAUCGUGGACAUCGGCGUCGUCCAGGGCGUGCAAUGGGCGGCGCUGCUCCAGGCCCUGGCCACGCGCCCCGCCGGGAAACCCUCCCUCGUCCGCAUCUCCGGCGUCGCCUCCCCCUCCCUCGGCCCCUCCGCCGCCGCCUCCCUCGCCGCCACCGGCGCCCGCCUCCGCUCCUUCGCCGCACUCCUCGACCUCCCCUUCGAGUUCCACCCCAUCUCCACCCCUAUUUAUACCCUCUCCGACGCCGACCCCGGCCCCGACUCACUCCGGGUCGACCCGGACGAGUCGGUCGCGGUCAACUUCAUGCUCCACCUCCACCACCUCCUCGCCGACUCGCCCGACCCGGUCCGCCGCGCCCUCCGCCUCGCGAAGUCCCUCGCCCCGCGCGUCGUCACGCUCGGCGAGUACGAGUCCGACCUCAACCGGGCGGGGUUCGCCGACCGGUUCGCCGCCGCGCUCGCCUACUACUCCUCCGUCUUCGACUCCCUCGAACCGGCCCUCGCGGACCGGGCCUCCCCGGACCGGGUCCGCGUCGAGCGCCUCCUCCUCGGCCGCAAGAUACUCGGUGCGCUCGGUCCACGCGACGGGGAGGACCGGACGGAGAGGAUGGCGGCGCGGGAGGAAUGGAGGGCUCUGAUGGAGGGGAGCGGCCUCGAGCCCGUGCGCUUCAGCAACUACGCCGUGAGCCAGGCGAAGCUGCUCCUCUGGAACUACGAGUACAGCGCCAAAUACUCGCUCGUGGAAUCGGCCCCGAGUUUCCUCUCGCUCGCCUGGGACGGUCGACCCCUCCUCACCCUCUCCGCAUGGCGCUGAAAAAACAUUUUUAUGCGACACACCCCCCGUGCUUUAAUUGUCGUGCACCAUCAUAGUUUUUGUUUCCCCCCUACAUUAAUUAUAAUUUUUUUUUUUUUUUUUUUUCUCUAGGGGUCGAGUUAUUACUUAUUAGUGAAAAAAAAGAAAGAGAGGGAGAGAGAGAAAAGUUUUUAGUAUUCUCUACUGAAGUGUUUGGAAAGUAUAGUAGUUACUAAUUGUAAAAAAAGCAACAAAUGGUUACUUUUGUUAUAAGUUGCUGGGCUCUUAUUUUUUGGUUGUUUCUAUUUUAUUUUUGGAGCUGUA